GUAGCUCAAAUUCACAACAAAAAAACAAGCAGCCGUUCCCCUCCUCAUUCUGCAUCCCGAUCUCAAGCUCUGGCUCCUCUCCUCCUUCCUCCUCUCCAGCGACGAACUGCCCACCCUUGUCCUCUCCGGUCUCCGCCGCCUCCUCCGCACCUAAAAUCAAACUCCCCCACAACCCACACCAAGAACACCGGCUCCCUCCCCCUACCCUACUCCGGUAUCUCUCCACGAAUCCCCCACCGAAGGACUGGACUGGGCUAACCUUCCAAGAAAUAAUGGAAGAAGUAGAAAAAGUAAAAACCACGCUGCAGCUACCCCACCAGAUUGGCAACUCAAUUUAUGGACCUUAUGGACCCCAACUUGUUGUUGCUGGAGGCAAACUACAGCAGAUAUGGCAAGCGCAUAUGGCCCAAUACAGGCCGCCUCUUGGUAUUCCCGCAUGGCAGACCAUGAGGCUGCAGGACCCAUCCCUACUUCCCUGUGCUCAGCCUUCAUCCACAUUUCCUCAGCCUUCCAGAGAGAUGCAGGUUGGAUCCUAUCAAUCUCCUAGUUCACUGCAGCUACAAGAGCUCUUGCCAAUUCCCUCAUCAUCAUCCUUGAGAGCAAAGAAGCCACAUGGUAGUGGGUUUGGCACUGAAGGUGCACCUCAACUGCAGCUGCUAUGUAAUGCCCAGCGCAUGUAAAGACAAUACCAUUGGAUGGCUCAGACUGGUUCAUUGUUUUAUUCAUUCAAAUGGUGGGUGGGGCAUCUUUGUGUCUCUCCAUCGUCGCCAUCUAUGUAAAUUUCUUGCCAGUGUUUGCUUCACCUGAAAUGACAUUUCUAAACUUCAGUAAAGGCUUUUUGAUGAAUCUUGGAGGAUCACAAGUUCAA